CUCACCGCCGGAAGAGGGAGCUUGGGGGAGAGAGAGAGAGAAGAAGCCAUGGUUAAGUUCCUAAAGCAGAACAAAGCAGUGAUCCUCCUCCAAGGCCGUUACGCCGGAAAGAAGGCGGUGAUAAUCCGCUCCUUCGACGACGGGAACCGUGAGCGACCCUACGGACACUGCCUCGUCGCGGGACUCAAGAAGUACCCGAGCAAGGUGAUCCGCAAGGACUCGGCCAAGAAGACGGCGAAGAAGUCGAGGGUCAAGUGCUUCAUCAAGGUCGUGAACUACCAGCAUCUGAUGCCUACUCGUUACACGCUCGACGUGGAUCUGAAGGAGGUGGCGACAUUGGAAGCUCUGGCUUCGAAGGAUAAGAAGGUGGCGGCUCUUAAGGAGGCCAAGGCUAAGCUCGAGGAGAGGUUCAAGACUGGGAAGAACAGGUGGUUCUUCACCAAGCUCAGGUUUUGAGAAAGUUUUAUCGUUUUUUUCUGUAACGGAAUCUACAGUAUGCUUUUUGUAGUUUUGUCGGAACAUGUUUUGGAUGGUUUAAGACUUAUGGUUUGAUAUUUGAUUCUUGGAAUUUUUGUUCUUUUAUUACGAUCAUUUGCUA